GUGUUGUGAUAUUAAAUGCACUUUAAAUUUGAUUUGAUUUUUAAGGGCUUCGCCCAAACGGGGAACCUGAAAUCCCACGAGCGCAGGCACACCGGAGAGAGACCGUUCUCCUGCUCCUUCUGUGGGAAGACCUUUGUAGAGUCUGGCCAUCUGAAGAAGCACCAGCGUAUCCAUACAGGAGAGAAGCCGUACCACUGCAGCAGCUGCCCCAUGAAGUUCCCUUCCUCCAGCGAGCUCCGGGUCCAUGAGAAGAUCCACAGCCAGGAGAAACCUCACAGCUGUUCCUACUGCACAAGGUGCACCAGAGGAUUCUACACGGGAGAGAAGCCCUUCUACUGCUACGACUGUGGGAAGAGUUACUAUCAGCUGAAGCAGCUGAAGGAACAUAUGAAGUUCAACCCGGACCACAGCACCACACGUAGCGGACUCAGUAACAUAGAGGACGAGGACAAGCUCUACUCUACGUCAUGA